AUGGCCUUUCCACAAACAAGCUCUUCAAUGCCUUUGCCACCUAUAAAGAUUACCCCGAUAACUGAAGAACUAAUGUCACCCAUUUCUCCGACAAUACCCAAGUCUGUGUCUUCGAGCACUACGGUUUUUAUUAAUAAUGCUUUGGAGACUAUUAAUACGAGUAGGGAGGGAAGAAGAAAGGGAAAACUAAAAGAUAGUCUUGUCAAAGCUAUUGAUUUUGCUCAUGUAGAAUUAACAAUAAAGAAAUAUAACACUUUCGAAAAAACCAAUGACAGUAGCGAUGCUUGUAUAAUAUUCGAACCACUUCAAUUGGCCUGCCAGACGCGGACAACAUCUCUUAUGAUAACAGCAUUAGACUGUAUUGGAAAAUUGAUUUCUUAUAAUUAUUUGAUUGAGCGGCCAGUCCCAUGGUCCCCAGAUUUGGGCAAUGAAAAAGAACCAGGGACUACUACGCGUGUCAUCAAGCAACCCUUAUCUGAACGUAUUGUUGAUACGAUUUGUGAAUGUUUUGUUGGAGAGUACACAGAUGAUAAAGUGCAAUUACAGAUAAUAAAGGCAUUACUUGCGGCUGUAUCAUCAACAACAGUACCAAUCCAUCAAUCUUCUCUAUUAAAGUCAAUUCGUACAGCCUAUAAUAUAUUCUUAUUAUCACGAAAUCCCAACAACCAAAUUGUGGCUCAAGGAAUACUAACACAAAUGGUUCAUCAUGUUUUUGCAAGAGUGAAAAUUCACGAGAAAAAUAAAUCUUUUCGAUCAGAUACUACAGAAAGGCAAGAUAUGUCUAAUAAUAAUAUCAAUGAUAGUAACAGUAUAAGUAAUGGGGGCGGUAGUGGGGGAAUUAAUAAUGACGGUAUGACAAUUAUAACUGCAGAAUCGGAAAUGGAUCUUGGAAUGUUGAUGACACUUAAUGAUGGAGAAGAAAUGGGAAAAGAACACGAAAACAAUAAUAUUAACGGUAAUAAUGAUGAUAGUGAAAUAACACGGAAAUUUUCAAGUGAUGUGACUACUACUCCAACUGUUGAACCAGACAAUCCGCUAAAUAAAGAAUUAGGACAAUUAAAAGCGGCAAGUGAUUCACGAGAAGAGAUUGUGAAAGCUGUCGCGGAAGAAAUGGAAGAAAGCAAAGGGGGCUCAGGUGAAUCCUCUGUAGAAGAGAAACUCACAUUACAAUCUUUUGAAAAUCGUAAGUCAUUUGAGGGUGCUUCUGAAUUUAGCAGCAUCAACGACACAUCAACAAAUAAGCCCAACUUAUACGUCAAAGAUGCAUUUCUUGUAUUUCGGGCACUUUGUAAAUUAUCUAUGAAACCACUGUCGUCUGAAACUUCAAUGGAUCUGAAAUCGCAUUCUAUGCGAUCUAAAUUAUUGUCACUUCACCUGAUGUUAACGAUAUUAAGUUCACAUAUGCCCGUUUUCGCAUCACCAGAGGUGAUUAUUACAUCAUCGACUACUUUUGAGAGUACACCAUUAAUUCAAGCGGUAAAACAGUAUUUGUGUUUGAGUUUGAGUAGGAAUGCUGUAAGUCCUGUACAACAGGUGUUUGAAAUCAGUUUGGAAAUAUUUUGGAAAUGUUUGAGUCGGUUGAGAAGUCAUUUAAAGAAAGAAAUUGAAGUUUUUUUUAAUGAAAUUUUCUUACCAAUUCUUGAAAUGAGAAAUUCUUCAACACAACAAAAAUAUGCGCUGUUGAAUAUUUUAUUGAGAAUUUGUAAUGAUCCGCAAGGACUUGUGGAAAUUUACCUUAAUUAUGAUUGUGAACGCGAAGCAUUAGAUAAUAUAUAUGAAAGAAUCGUGAAUAUUGUAUCAAAGAUUACAACCAGCUAUUCUACUGGUAUCAUUUCAUCAUCUUCCGCCUCAACUAUACCUUCUUUCGAUCCAAACAAAGAAAAAGAUCGAGAAUCUAAUUUAUCAUCAUCGUCAUCUACGGCGAACACAUCCAAUAAAAAUACUGGAUCUUCUUCCCCAAUAGUCAUUAUUCCACCAUCACUUACUACCACAACCGUUGAAAAAACAAAGCCACCACAAUCACCAUCUCACAUUCAAGCAGAGCUCGUAUUGAAAAUUCAAGGGCUUGAAUGUCUUGUGUCUGUUCUUCGAUCUCUCGUUGUCUGGUGUAGUAAUAAAUCAGAUGAAGAUGGUGACGCUACGAGUAAACCUUCGCCAACAUCUUCAAUAGUGUCACUUGGCUCACAAUCAGCUAACAAAAACGAGAAAAUUACGAGUGCUUGGAAAGCGAUGGAUGAUCCCGAACAAUUUGAAAAUCUAAAACAUCGUAAACAAAUACUUCAAGAUGGUAUUAAAACUUUUAAUUUCAAGCCAAAAAGAGGUAUUCUUGCUCUAUUAUCUGCAGACUUUAUCACGAGCACAGCCCCGAUCGAUAUCGCACGAUUCUUGUUGACUUCCGAAGGAUUGAAUAAAGCUAUGAUAGGAGAAUAUUUGGGCGAAGGUGAACAAGAAAAUAUUGCUAUUAUGCACGCAUUUGUCGACUUAAUGGAUUUUAAUCAGAUGAAAUUUGUCGAUGCGUUGAGGCUAUUUCUACAGUCUUUUCGAUUACCGGGUGAAGCUCAGAAAAUCGAUAGAUUUAUGCUAAAGUUUGCAGAACGUUAUGUGGACGGAAAUCCUAAUCAAUUUGCAAAUGCGGACACCGCGUAUGUUCUCGCAUAUUCUGUUAUAAUGCUCAAUACUGACUUGCAUAAUCCACAAAUAAAACGUCGUAUGACUAAACCGCAAUUUAUUCAAAAUAAUCGCGGUAUCAAUGAUAACUCUGAUUUGCCUGAAGAGUAUUUGGAGGCGAUUUAUGACGAAAUAUUGAAUAAUGAAAUCAAGCUGAAGGAUGAACAAGAAGCUGCGGUGAUGCAACACGCUGUGCCAUCGCCCUCUGGAGGUAUUGGAAUAUCUACUAUUGGAAAUGCGAUAGUUAAUGCUGGUCGCGAUUUUAAACGAGAAGCGUAUCAGGUUGCGUCUGAAGAGAUGGCUAAUAAGACUGAGAAUCUGUUCAAGAGUAUGUUAAGAGCUCAACGUCGCGGUAUUUACACGGCAAACACGACAUUUUAUAGCGCCUCUCAUUUCGAACAUGUCCGUCCAAUGUUCGAAGUUGCCUGGAUGCCUGUGCUUGCUGGGUUAUCGGGGCCUCUACAAAUCACCGAAGACCCUCAUAUAGUAACUCUAGCUCUGGAAGGAUUCAAAUUGGCUAUUCGCAUAAUAUGUCUUUUCGAUUUAGAACUUGAACGCAACGCAUUCGUCACUACUCUUUCAAAAUUCACAUUUUUGAAUAAUUUGGGCGAGAUGAAACCGAAAAACGUUGAGGCGAUAAAAUCUCUUUUGGACAUUGCAUUGACUGAAGGAAAUUACUUGAAAAAUUCUUGGCGUGAAGUGUUGAUUUGCGUCAGUCAAUUGGAGAGAUUUCAGUUGAUCAGUAAUGGGGUUGAUCAGACUGUCGUGCCAGAUUUGUUUAAUGCACGAAAACAAAAUCGAAAAAGUUCUACCGAGUCUUCAGUUUCAAGACGUACUUCCUUCUCUAAACGUCCUUUUUCUUCAAAAUCAAUUUCACAAGUUGUGUUUGCAGAAGAUGUCGCGAUGCAAAGCAGAUCUUCAGAAGUUGUCGUAGCUGUGGAUAAAAUUUUCAGCUCAAGUUCAAAUCUAUCUGGGACUGCUAUAGUCGAGUUUGUACGAGCAUUAUGUGAGGUCUCUUGGGAAGAAAUACAAUCUUCUUCAAUGACAGAACACCCUCGAAUCUUCAGUUUACAAAAAUUAGUAGAGAUUUCAUACUACAACAUGGGACGUAUCCGUAUGGAAUGGUCUAAAGUUUGGGCGAUUUUAGGUGAACAUUUUAAUCAGGUUGGUUGCCAUCCAAAUGUACGUGUUGGAUUCUUUGCAAUCGAUUCUCUUCGUCAAUUGUCGAUGCAAUUUCUGGCCAAGGAAGAAUUGCCACAUUUCAAAUUCCAAAAGGAUUUCUUGAAACCAUUCGCAUAUAUUUUGGCUAAUAAUCCAAAGAUCGAGUUAAAAGAUAUGGCAUUAAGAUGCUUACAACAAAUGAUACAAGCACGAGCACAAAACAUAAAAUCCGGUUGGAAAACAAUGUUUAGUGUGUUUUCGUCUGCGGCGAAAGAACCACAUGAGUCAAUUGUUGUCAUGGCAUUUGACCUUGUAAAAGGACUAUUCAAAAAUCAUUUCGAAGUUGUGGUGGCUAAUAGCACAUACCCCGAUCUGAUGGUAUGUCUUUGUGAAUUUUGUAAGAACGAUCGGUUCCAGAAAACAAGUCUUCAAGCCAUUGAACUGAUUGAUCAAUCAAUCUCGAAAAUGUUAGAGUAUCCGAAAUAUCAAAUAAACGGUCAGAUAAUCGGAACCAACGAGGAUCCUUCGUUCAAAUUCUGGUAUCCUGCACUGUUUGGGUUUCAUGAUAUAAUUAUGAAUGGUGAUGACUUGGAAGUACGAACAAGAGCUUUACAAUACAUGUUUGACACACUAAAAAAAUACGGGUCAAAAUACUCCGAAGAAUUUUGGGAUGUCAUUUGUCGACAGGUGCUCUUUCCUAUUUUUGGCGUACUCAGGUCCAACGGCGAAGACUUGCUAAAAGUAGAUAGUCCGGAAGAUAUGAGCGUGUGGUUGUCCACAACUAUGAUACAGGCUCUACCCAAGGUAAUUGAAUUUCAAUCUUUCUAUAAUGCCGUCGCCUUUGUGGUCUUAAUUCAGGAUGGUAUGAUUGAUCUGAAAAAAGAAAAUAAGGCACUUUCACGGAUUGGAAGUUCUUGCUUACAACAAUUGAUAGAGAACAACGUGACAAAUUUGGAUUUUGUGCAUUGGGGAAAAAUUAGCCAAGCAUUUAUACGGUUAUUUGAGAUGUCGACACCUUACAAUUUACUUGACGAAGACAAUCAUUUUCUCGAAUCGGCACAUGAAUUAGUUGAUGAAGAGGAGAUGAAUGAAGAUCAAGAAAACGAAGACCUCAUAAUAAACAUAGACUCGGUCCGGAAAGAAAUCAGUAGUUGGAACAACGAUAACGAAGUCGACGAAUACUCUUCACCCACAAAGAAAAGAACUUCACAGAUCCGUCAACGGCACUUUGAAGAAUUCGACAACAUAAAAGUGAAAUGUAUACUACAUUUGCUUGUCAUUGAAAACAUCAAUGAACUAUUGAAAAUAGAAAUUAUAUAUAAGUUGAUGCCCGUUGAGCAUUUAUUGAUUCUCGCGGGGUGUCUUGAAAAGUCGCAUGAGUUUGCGCUUAAAUUCGAUGAGAAUUAUGAGUUGAGGUUGGCGCUUUGGAAAUUGGGUUUUAUGAAACGACUACCCAACUUGCUAAAACAAGAAUCAAUUAGCGCGACCUCUUACAUAAAUCUAACGUUACGCAUGUUACGCGAUCCAAAUGAAGAUCGACAACAAAAAAAGCAAGAGAUAGAAAAAAAAUUAAUACCACUAACAUUAAGUAUUCUACGACGCUAUAACUCUUUCGAUCGUAAAACUCAAGCGCCGUAUGUUACCGCGUGGACACCGGUCAUUGCUAUCGUACUUCAUUGUUAUUUAAGCUUUUCUGAUGAAGAUUUUCUAAGAUAUAUUAACAACAUCUACCCGGUUGCUUUGGACCUACUACUUCACGAGCUUGGAAAAGAUGUACGUCCACUUUUACAAGAACUAUUUAUACGAACUGGAGUUCUUUAUAAAAUAACCAACACCACAUCCACCCUAACCACCUCGACUUUUAAUACUGUCAUCUCGAACCGAAAAACAUCAAUUAACAUCACCACUUCUAAUAUUAAUCCUCCAUCAUAG